AUGGCGGAGAGAAAUGAGGUGAUUGAUUUCCUCGUGAAGCUGCCUGUUCACGACCAAGAAGCAUGCGGAAAGCAGGUCACGCUCGAGAUCUCGAGAGACAAGAGACUGCUGGGGAGACUCAACCAGGCGGUCAGCAGUCUCCGAAGGCGCUGUGGGGUGUGUUUGGUUUCGGCGGCGAAGAAGGCAAAAAUACCCCCAAAUGAGGCACGGGGUGACACCAAGUUGCAAAAAACCAAUGUGUCCCACGAUACACCGGCUUCUCUGACAUCGCCGUCUUCCAACGAGUCACCGGAAGCUCAAGCCUCGGAAACACUUUUUCAUCCACAGAAUGCUGAACCAAAAUCGUCGGAUCCAGAAAUGUCGCCGUCGUGCCCUUUGAACGAGCCACUAGACCAACCCUCGAACCAUACAAUCCCAGCCCCACAGCUACACCAGCCCGGCAGCAUCAACGACGAAUCUAUGGUAGUCCUCGCCGCUGCUUCUAUUAGCAGCUAUGAAGACUACUUCUCUGGAUUGCUGGCAACAGCAGUCAGUGGAUACCAAUACAUUCAAUUAGCCGCGGCUGCCACGGAAUCUGCCCAGGAUGUUCACUCCUUAGUCAUUGAGGUGGUGCCAGACAAGAUCAAACACAUGGCUAAGGUGCUUUGUGGGGCCCAUUUUGGAAAAUGA